UCGCCUUUUCCCUACUAAUAUGGCGGACACAAUAACUCGUAGCUGUAGGCGGGACUUCCGGGUUUUUGCUCCUUUGAUGUGUGUUGGGGCCUCUCUCCUCCUAGUGCGCAGACUCCAGCCGCGGUGACCGGAGGCUUUUCUUCUGGUUUUGGUCGUCAGGCGGGUUCAGAUUGAACUGUAACGGUUUACCGGUCGGUCUGGAACCGAAACGCCACCGGAAAUGUAGAGACAGCAGCUCAAACAGCGACUGGAAGCAGCAGAAGAGGAGAAACGCAGAAACAUGGAUUCUGCGUUUAGCUCUGGCGUUCAGAUGGAAACAUCAGAAGCUGAGGAGAGGCUGGCGGUUAAAGAAGAAACUAAUGAAGAGCAGAGUUCUGGUGGAGACCAGCAGGACACAGAGCGUCUUCACAUCAAGGAGGAAGAGGAGGAAGUCUGGAGCAGCCCAGAGGAUGAAGAGCUCAGUGUGAAGGAGGAGAUCAAUCCUACCAGGUUUCCACUCACUGUGGUUCUUAUGAAAAGUGAGGAUGAUGAAGAUAAACCUCUCUUCUCACAGCUUCAUCAGCCAGAAGUUGAAGAUCUUCCAACCAGCAGCUCAGCUGACCAGAUGAAAGCAGAAAGUGAUGAAGAGGACGGAGGAGGAGCAGAGUCCAGCAGGAACCCAGAGCUACACACUGACGGAGACACUUCCAGCUCUUCAGAGACGGAGGUCAGUGGGGAUGAAGAGGAGGAGGAUGAUGAUGUGAACCAUCCUGGUUCUCAUCUGAAACACCCACCAGACUCCGGCUCUGAAACUGAGGACAGUGAGAACGACUGGAAGGAAACUAGAGCUGCCGAGUCAGGAGGAAACGCCGCCAACAAGUCGCUGAGCUGCUCCAAGUGCAGUCAACAGUUUGGUAACAAGCGCUCCCUACAGAGACACAGUUCAAGAAAAAACUGUUCGGCUAGAAACGUCGACUCAGCGAAUGUCCAAACUGAUUUAAAAGGUUUUAUCUGUGAUGACUGUGGGAAAGGUUUUAGCCUGAAAAACUCUUUAAACCGACACCUGAGAAUUCACACAGGAGAGAAACCAUUCAGCUGUGACGUCUGUGGACAAAAAUUUAACCAGAAGUCUCACCUAAAAAUUCACAGGAGAAUUCACACCGGAGAGAAACCGUUCAGUUGUAGUGCAUGUGAAGUUAGAUUUAACCAAAAAUCAAGCUUAAAUCUGCACAUGAGGAACCACUCAGAGGAGAAACCAUUUCACUGUGAUGAUUGUGAGCAAAGAUUUAACAAAAAGUCAGAUUUAAACAAACACAAGAGAGUCCACAUAGAAGAAAAACCCUUUGGUUGUGAUGUUUGUGGGAAACGAUUCAGUCGAAAGGCCGAUUUAAACAUGCACACACGAGUCCACACUGGAGACAAACCGUUUGCUUGUGAUGUCUGUGGACAGACAUUCAGUCUUAAGGCUAAUUUAAAGAAGCACAUGAGGAUUCACACAGGAGAUAAACCAUUUGGUUGUCUUUUCUGUGAGCAACGAUUCAACAGAAGGUCACAUUUAAACAUACACAUCAGAAUCCACACUGGAGAAAAACCAUUUGUUUGUGAUGUUUGUGGUCAAAGAUUUAGUGAUAAGUCAGCUGUAAACAAACACAUGAGAAUUCAUACAGGAGACAAACCUUUCGGCUGUGAUGUUUGUGGGAAAGGAUUCAACCAAAAGUCGAGUUUAAACAAGCACAUCCGGAUCCACACUGGGGACAAACCGUUUGGUUGUGAGAUCUGUGGACAAAGUUUUAAUCAAAAGUCAACUUUAAACAUCCACCAGAGGAUACACACCGGAGACAAACCUUUUGGUUGUCACGUUUGUGGACAAAGAUUUAACCACAAAUCAAAUUUAAACAAACACAAGAGGAUCCACACAGGAGAAAAACCCUACGGCUGUCAUAUCUGUGGGAAAAGAUUUUACCAAAAGCCUCAUUUAAACAGACACAUGCGGGUCCACAUAGGAGAGGAUAUAGUUUAAAUACAUAAGUUAAGGGUUCAUUCCAGUGAGGAGUCCACAGGAAAUCUUCCUCUUCCUCUCCUGGAACCGAUAAUACCUUGGGGACGUAAUAAACUGGGACGUAAUGUCUUUUGGAUUCGCUGAGUUCUGGAGUGUUGCUGCUUCUUUGUGAUUUAUCUGAUGAUUCAGGUCAACACCCACCGCCGCAGCAGACUUCAGAAAGCCAUUAGAAACCAGGAAGUCUCCCCAAAACAGCAUUCAUAUCCAAUUGUUUCUAAACGUUUAUGGUUUAAAACACAAGGGAAGCGUUUGGAUAUAACUGUACUGAUCCCAAGCAUUAAAGCCUUUAUUUUAAAGAAUAAACAAUCAAUCUUCUGCUCUUCUCCGUUUCAUCUGCCCUGCUGGCUUCCUGGUUUACUUUUCUGUUGACAAAUUUAUUGGCACCUCUCUUCUUAGUGACCAAAAAAACCCACAAUGGUCACUGAAAUAACUUGAAACUGUCAAAAGCAAUAAUAAAAAUGUACUUAAAAUGAAGCUUUGAAAAUCAAACAUUGCUUUUGAUUUUUGGUUCAAGCUAAUAAUUUAAAAACCACACUAUUGAAACAGGCCUGGACACAAAUGAUGGUACCUGGAACUUAAUAUUUUGUUGCUCAACCUGUUAAUUCAGUCAGAUCAUUUUUAACAUUUGUUUCUCUGAUUUGAUGUUUUUAAGUUUUUUUAACCUCCAUCCAUCCAAUGACAGAUAAACUAGAGAAUAAGUGGAAGUUGGCCUAGAAGAUUCACACACACUUUGUUUAUGAAAAAUCUGUUCUUUAUGUUAAAAGUUAAACAUUUUAUACAAAAUACGUUUUUUUAUGCAGUGCCAUCAGCUUAAGUUUAAAAAUAAAUACAUGACAUGAAUAAGUUUAGUUGUUUGGCAUGUUUAUGUAGUAAUAAGCCUAGAUUAUUGUAAAACUCUGAGGAGUUCCCGUUUUGUGGUUCUGCGACUGUCUGGUUGUCUUUGCAUCACACCAGAACUGGUCUGCACAUCUUUGCAAAGAUCUCCGUUUCCUUCCUGUUACUCCCAGGUGUGUCGGCCCUGACAUCAGACGGUCAGUUCAGUUCUUCUCCCACAGCAGUCAAGACAGUCAAAUCAUAAUCUGUUCAAGUCUACACAAAUACCAAAUGUAACGACAAAAGAUAAAACCAAUAGAUGUUCUGAAACGUGUUAAAGUUGAUGAACUUCUUCUUUAUGCUCAUAUCUUAUCACGUUCCGUUUCAUUGCUCACUCUUUCAGUCUCACACAGGUUCCCCUUUUCACUCACACCAUCUUGAGUCACAUCCUGACCCCAACCUUACUGAUUAAGACAUUAGAAACAUUUCCAACAGAAUAAUUACCGGUUAUUACUACUGACACAAUUAUCAAAACUAUAACUUAUAAUGUUUAGAUACAGAACAAAACGGAUUAAAGCAAAACUAAAAGACAAAACACACAAGAACAACC